CUUUCUUUGUCAAUAGCUUCACUCCACUUUGAGUCUGAGCACAGCCGACUUCUCCUGCAUAUCCGAACUGUCGAUUGUUUAUAUACACGCAUACAUCCCACCCAUAGCUGGAUGCUUUCUGACUCCCGUCAUCUUCUUCUGUCUCUAUCCCUCUCUUUUUCCCAGAGAGACGACUAAUUACUCCCAUCAUCUCGUUGAAUCCCCACCACCUCACCGUUUUCGAAUUUCCGGUCUAGUUAUUUGUCCCGCUGCGACAACAUCCAUCGUGUCACAUUUCUUCCGUCGUUCAAUUUCUCCGGUCACUCCUCCUGGACAAGACCUUUCACCUCUCGACCGCCCCCGAAACGUCGGUACCUCAGCUCUCCAGCAACAGACCACCAGCCGAUCAAGUACCCAAUCUGCCAAUACAUACCCGUGCUCAUUCCCACUAAAACGAAAGCCAAAGCUAAAAGCCGACGGUACCUGACGGGAACUAAAAAUAUUGUUAGCACAGCCAAGAAAAGCUCGUUGCUCCCCGAGAACAAAGGUUGCCCCCCUUUUUGCCAGAUGCGGCGUGGGGUGUAAACAAAUGAGACACGCCAGCAAUCAGCACCCGACACCGAAAUAAGGGCCCCAGCUGGGCCUUGCCGCCUCCCAAGAUGCCUUCUGCUACAACAACAACAUCUACGGUUCCUCAUAGACCAACGACUCCAAAACUCCGUCCCAGGAGCUCCUCACGCGCCAUCCGAAGACCGAAUAGUGCUGCAUCAACCCCUAACCUCAAGUCCGCAUACGCUUCGCAUUCGCGCGCCGCGCCGCCGCCUCUACCACGCAAAGGUUCCUUGGCCCAGCUCACACAAGGCUCCCUCGCCAGCAUCCCCGAUGUUUCUGAGAGCUACGCAGUUGAUACUGUCCUGAGCGACUCCUCACAAAACAUGAUGCCUCCUACGACGCCCGGACGCUCACAGGCUGUGAACGUAGCACUUGGUGAUAUCGUUGAUGUCCCUGGUGGAAUGCAUGGCGUUGUUCGUUUCGUUGGUCCUGUGCAAGGUAAGAAGGGAGUUUUUGCUGGUGUCGAGCUCGACCAAGACUUUGCUAGCCGAGGCAAAAAUGAUGGCGAUGUAGACGGCAUAUCAUACUUCACAACAACAAUCCCUGGCGCCGGUAUCUUCUUACCAGCCGCCAAGGCCCUUCCUCGUCGCGAUUCGAUCCCGCCCUUUCCCAUGACGCCAGGCGCGAUGGGCGGACUUCGGGCUGGCAACCAAAACUCGCUCAACUACACUUCCCCAACACCUGGUCUCCCGAAGUUUAGUGCUUCUGUUGGACCCGGUGCCCGGGCUCCCAGUCCUCAGCAAAAGCUGGCACCCAGAACUUCCCUUCCCCGGCCCGACUCUCCUGUACGCCGGAUGCAGAUGACGCCUGGCCCAAGACCCUCCAUGACAACACCUGCCAAAACUCCCACCAGAUAUGGUAGUCCAACGCAGUCACGCUUCGCUCAGAGCGUCCGCGGUACAUCGGGUGAUCCGAGCAAGAGACCUCAGAGAAUGGAUCGGAAGCCAAGUCAUGGACCACGAAGUGCUUCAGCCUUGGGGUCGAUAUCAGGCCUUGACGAUGACGCUGCCCCUUUGGGAAUCCAGCGAACCGGUACUAAUGGAAGCUCUGGGUCAGUCUCGUCGUUCGCCAUGAAGAUUCGGCCUGCGUCCCGCAUCAACGUUAAUGAUGAGGAACUCGAUCGGCUACGAUCACAGAUUGAAGAUCGUGAUCGGCAACUAAAGGAGCAAUCCGCUACAUUAGCCGACAUGGAGAGUAGCUUAGUUGAACUGCAAGGUCUCAUGGAGCAAGCAGACAUGCCGACAGUGCAACGAAACAGCUGGGACAACAAGGACACUGCGCAGCUGCGUCAACUACUAAGAGAAAAGAACGACAAGAUUGCCAUGCUCACAGCAGAGUUUGACGCGCAUCGAGCUGACUUCCGGAGCACUAUCGACACUCUGGAGCUUGCCAGCACCGAAACUGAGCGCGUGUAUGAGAAACGGAUAGAGGAGCUGAUGGCCGAUGUUCGAGAACUCGAGUCACGGAAUCUAGACGUCGAUUCUGUCGCGACCCAGCUAAAGCAACUGGAAGAACUGGUUCAAGAACUCGAGGAAGGUUUAGAGGAUGCUCGUCGGGGUGAAGCAGAAGCUCGAGGGGAAGUUGAGUUCUUGCGAGGAGAGGUUGAGCGAACAAGGACAGAAUUGCGUCGCGAACGCGAAAAGUCAUCAUCAGCUCCUCCAGCAGAUGGCGAUCAUACAGUAUCUUCCAAAGAGCUUGAGCAAAAAGACGAUGAGAUUAGAGGCCUCAAAGCUAUCAUUCAUUCCCUCAGUCGAGACUCUAUUCCUGGAGAGCCCAAGCCUCCUGCACCAAGGCCUGGUUCAUUGAUGGCUGAAGAUGUUGUGGCGAAUAAGAUCGCGCGCGAUAACCUCGAGCGACAAGUUGCUGAGCUACAAUCUCUCCUUGAGAAGAAGAACAGUCGUGAGGACGAACUCGAGAAGGAGCUUGAUACAAUCCGUCAGAACGGCACAGCGGCCAACAGGUCUUCUUUCAGAGACUCCCGAGAUACCGUCGUAAUGGCCCAGGCAAUGGAGAACCGGCCAGUCGAGAACCUCAAGAGAUCCAGUACCGCUACACACAAGCGGGUCAGCACCCUCGACACAAUGCCAGAGAGUGACGACUACUCCAAUGCCACAGAGACUAGCACCCUCUGGUGUGAGAUCUGUGAGACUAACGGUCACGAUAUCCUAACCUGCACCAACAUGUUCGGUCCUGAUGGCGCUAAGACCAACGGCGAGUCAAAGGCCAUCAAGAAGGCCAGUCGCGAGGAGCUUAAGCCGCAUACCCCUACAGGUGAUGACGCCCCUGCGCCUCUCACUCCAUUCAGACUCAAGAGUGCUGGACCUCCCUCUCCUGCAGUUAAGAUCAUGCCGAACCCCAUGGAGUCAGGCCCCGUUGCUGGCAAGGAAAGUGGCAUCAUGGACCCCGAGAAGUGGUGUGCGCUAUGUGAGCGUGACGGCCAUGACAGCGUGGAUUGCCCCUUCGAGGAUGCCUUUUAAGGGCCAAAUUCAAAUAUUUGUUUUCUUAACGCAUGGCAUGUUGGAGAAUCAUUGGAACGAUCAGCGCGGCUUUUCUUGACGCCUCGCGAAGGACCAUUAACCUAUGUUUGGUGUAAGGGGCGUGAUGAAAAUCGCCUCAUGCAUGUAUCCCCUUUUCAUGUUCUUAUUUUCGAAGCUUGGGUCGGCAGUCAGGUUUUGAAUGCUUGGUCUUUGUCUGGUAAGGCACUGUUCGUGAUACCAUAUUCUUACUCGUGUUUUAUAUCAUCAGCCUGUCGUGUAGCACUUGUCCUGUAAUACUAUGUGGCAUGGUAUACCAGACUGUCUUUAGGUCAAUAUUCCUUAAUAAUGUGAAGACAGUAGUUGUGUGUUAUCUAUCGCCUCGGUGUACCCUGAAAGAUGUCGCUGCCUAUAUUUAUUUCCUGCGAGAUUUGCAUUCUCUCCCCUCGAGCACUAUGCCACCACCGAACACUCUUCCACAGCUCACCAUCCCACUCACCUGCUAAAGUACG